CCAAUCGGUUUAACUGAGAAAAGAAGCAGAGGCAGGCAAGAUCAGCAGCAACCAUGAAACAGGGUCUGCUUUAAAAAGAAGCAACAUUCAGCUUGAAGAAGCUGAUUAUCUCGCUAUGACAAGCAGGCGCGUUAAAAUAAAACAAUAAUGCAGUACAAAUACAAGAGACACUGGUGAAUUAAGUAUUCCUGAAAGGGUUGUGUUAGGUAUAGGAACUAGAAAGUGGUUCUCACGUCUUGAUCAAGCCAGGAUCAGCCGCAAGAUGUCUGUGGAAGGGCAUGGGUACCCCGAGUCGAAAGUGGUGUCGGAAGCCGGACCGGAGUGGUUGAGGACGGAGAUGGAGAGGCUGUCCAGGGAGCUGAGCGAGACGACCCAUGAGAAGAUGCAGGCUGCGGAGUACGGGCUGGCGGUGCUGGAGGAGAAGCAGCAGCUGAAGCAGCAGUACGAUGAGCUGGAGGCGGAGUACGAGACUGCCCGCCGAGAGCUGGAUCAACUCAGAGAGGCCUUCGGACAAGCGUAUUCCAACCACAAGAAGGUUGCUGCGGAUGGAGAGAGCCGGGAAGAGUCCCUGAUCCAGGAGUCUGCGUCCAAGGAAGCCUACUAUGAGCAGAAGGUCCUGGAGCUGCAGACAGAACUCAAACAGAUGCGCAACGUCCUCGCCAACGCAGAGUCUGAGAACGAUCGGCUCGCCUCCGUAGCACAGGAGAUCAGGGAGAACAACCAGGCUGUGGAACUGCAGCGGAACCGCCUACGCGAUGACAUCAAGGAGUACAAGUUCCGGGAGGCUCGCUUGCUGCAGGACUACACAGAGCUGGAGGAGGAGAACAUCUCCCUGCAGAAACAAGUGUCCGUCCUUAAGCAGAGCCAGGUUGAAUUCGAAGGCUUGAAACAUGAAAUACGACGACUUGAGGAGGAGACAGAGUUCCUCAACAGCCAGCUGGAGGACGCUAUCCGACUGAAGGAGAUCGCGGAGCGACAGCUGGGAGAGGCCCUGGAAACCAUUAAGACGGAACGGGAGCAGAAGAACAACCUGCGCAAGGAGCUCUCGCACUACAUGAACAUCAGCGACUCCCUGUACAACAGCCCGCUCAGCAUCUCACUGGACGGGCUGAAGUUCAGCGACGACGCCCUGGAGCCCAACAACGACGAGGUGCUCAAUGGCUACGAGCACAACUCCUUCAGCAAGAUGAACGGAGGCAGCGAGAACAACAAGGUGUCCACGCCCAAGAAGAACGACCUGUACCAACCAGCCCCCAGCCUCGUCAACGACCUCCUGAGCGAGCUCAACAUCUCAGAGAUCCAGAAACUCAAACAGCAGCUCAUGCAGGUGGAAAGGGAGAAGGUGAACCUGCUGGCCACACUUCAAGAUUCCCAGAAGCAGCUGGAACAUGCCCGGGGAGCGCUGUCGGAACAGCAAGAGAAAGUGAGCAGGCUCACAGAGAACCUCAUCGCCAUGAAGAAGCUGCAGGCCAGCAAGGAGCGGCAGUCAGCCUUUGACAACGAGAAGGAGCGUGACAGCCACGAGGACGGAGACUACUAUGAGGUGGACAUCAACGGACCCGAGAUCCUGGAGUGCAAGUACAAGGUGGCUGUGGCUGAGAUCGGGGACCUCAAAGAGGAGCUGAAGACCUUGAAGACCAAGUAUGAGAACUGUGAGUCCAAGUAUGAGGAGGAAAAGAGCCGUCUGGAGAUUGAAGUCCAGGCCUUGACAGAGAAGUUCACCUCCUUGGAGAAGACUAACCGCACCGACCGAGACCAGGUGGUACGGUUAGAGAAGGAGCUCAAGAAGGUGAGCGACGUGGCCGGGGAGUCCCAGGGUAGUCUGAGUGUGGCCCAGGAUGAGCUGGUGACAUUCAGCGAAGAGCUGGCCAACCUCUACAACCAUGUCUGCAUGUGCAACAAUGAGACUCCCAACAGGGUGAUGCUGGAUUACUACAAGGAAGGCAAGGGCGGGCGUACCAGUCCAGAGGGCAGGGGCCGGAGAUCACCCAUUUUGCUCGCGAAAGGCCUUUUCGAAAAUGGGGACAGCCUCCCAUCUCCUGUCUCCUCCCUGCCCUCCCCAGUGUCAGACCAUCGUAAGGAGCCCAUGAACAUCUACAACCUGGUUGCCAUCAUCAGGGACCAGAUUAAACACCUCCAGACAGCCGUGGACAGGACUACAGAGCUCUCUCGGCAGAGAGUGGCCUCCCACGAACUGGGGCCAGUGGUGGACAAAGACAAAGAAGCGUUCAUGGGGGAGAUUCUCAAGCUGAAGUCUCUGCUGAGCACCAAGAGAGAGCAAAUAGCGACUCUGAGAACUGUGCUCAAAGCCAACAAACAGACCGCAGAGGUGGCGCUGGCUAACCUGAAGAGUAAAUAUGAGAACGAGAAGGCCAUGGUGACCGAGACCAUGAUGAAGCUGCGCAAUGAGCUGAAGGCACUCAAAGAAGACGCUGCUACUUUCUCUUCUCUCAGAGCCAUGUUCGCUACCCGUUGUGAUGAGUACGUGGUCCAGCUGGAUGAGAUGCAGCGACAGCUGGCAGCCGCGGAGGAUGAGAAGAAGACCCUGAACUCGCUGCUCCGCAUGGCCAUCCAGCAGAAACUGGCCCUGACCCAGCGGCUGGAGGACCUCGAGUUUGACCACGAGCAGACCCGGCGGGGGGGGCGCAGCAAAACCUCGGCCAGGAGCAAGACCGCCUCGGCCAACCCCCAUAUUGUCAGCAGCUUGCUUCCUCUGCAGCGCCUAUAAGUAGAACAGAGUUAUCCCAUUGUUAAUGUCAGUGAUAGAGUAGAUCCCGGAGAUGGACUUUUCCCGACAAUUGUACUGCAAACUUCCAUUUCUUAAGCCUCCACAAAGUAGCCAUUUGCACAGUUGAUAGAGAUAGUGGAAACCACUUGCAAUUUUGUCUUUACACUUAAAAACUGAAACUAACCUGUUAUAGGCCUGCAUAAAGUAUGGAACUCUUUCACAGUUUGUGAGCAAAACAUAGCUUUACCAUUUGAAUGCUGCUGCAGGAACACAAAACUCACAAGUACUGGUGAAAUUCAGUUUUGGUUUAGGGAGGUGGGGGUCGAAUAUGUUAUAAUUUACUGCAAGACUUCAAAGACAAGGGGUCGUUUUCUUCAUGUGUUUCAUUGCAAUUACUCAGUGUUUUGUUUCUUAAACAUUGUAACCUGUGCACUUUUGAUAUAUUUACUAUGGCUUCGUUUUUUAUGAGUUCUUUACUUAGGAAAGGUAUAUAGUGCCGUGGUUUGUGACUCAGUUAUUAUUUUUAUUAUUCUUUUUAAAGAUUAAUACUUUUUGUUUUAUUUUGUUAAUUGUACUCUGUAUCAGCAUGUUACAGAGUUCAUUCUUUAAAUGUUUUUAGAAUGGAGUUGCAACACAAACCAGAGUUCUGUCUGCUGUACUACAGUGAAUUUAUCAAUUUAGAAUAUUAAUAAGCUUUAUGUUUUUGUUAUUAUUAUUUACUGAUGUUAAACUGCCAUGUUAUAAACUAAAUCCAGGGUGAGCAAAUUCUGGGAUUUUUCGUAUAUUAUUCUUAGGAAUAGUUCAAUGUAACAAGGAGAAAACUUGACGUUGUUCUGGUUUAAACGGUAAUAGGCACUUGAAAACCAUGAAUAAAAUAAUUAGUAUUACCUACGCGAUUCCAGGAUAUCUGGAUUCAGAUGAAAGCAGUUUCACUGGUGAACAGAAUUGUUUUACAAGUGCACCAAAUAAAUUCCAAAUUGGAAUUGUUUCAUUCUCUCUUUGUUUACUGUGCCAAGUCUUGGUACAUUUAGAUAUUUAAAAGAAACAAGGUAAGGAAAUGUCAUAGAGGACUGUGUGUUUUCCAGGGUGUGCUGUUUCAACGCCUUGUUUUUAUUUUGUUGUUCAUUCUUGCCAGUAGUGCCUUUAAUAAUUUCGAGGGAGAAUCCUAGAUUGGUUUAAUUUUCAAAGGCAAGGAAGCUGCCCUACUGAGUCUUGGUUUUAAAUGAAUUUGAGGAGCAAUAAGUGCAAAGAGAACUCUCCUUUGCAUUGAUAGAAUUGUUGUAGUCUUGAUAUUUUUUUUAAAUAAAAUUGUAGGAAAUUCUGUUGGCCAGUGAUCCUGUAAAGAUGCAGAACCGUGCAAAUUCAGGGGUAUUAUGAAAAAGUUUUUUUUUUUUUUUUUUAACACUUUGAGAACCAAAUCUAAUGACUUUGGACUCCUAACGAACAAAACGAUUCAAUUCUCUUAACACUUUUGUGGUUGCAGGAGAGAAUACUAUCUGUAAUAUUAACGUAUCUAUAGCUUUGUAUGGUGAAGGUCACGUGAUAUCUAUAGCGUUGUUGGCAAAUGUGAAAAGUGUAUUUUAUUCUUUUUGUUUUUGAUUUUACACCCUACUUAACCAUUGUAAUUUCAGUAAACAGAAAACUGAUUUUUGCAUCAGCAAGCAUGUCGCACCAUUAUAUUGGUGCUGUUUGUUGAAGUGUUAAAACGUCAAGUUAUUGAUACAGUUUGAAAGGUUUUGUUUUAAAUUAAGUGCAAUUCAAAUACUGUUAUUUAAGUACAUUAAAAAAAAAAAAGUUUUCUGUUUGCUGGAAAAUAUAGCAUUGUGAUUACUAGACGUGCAGACUUUAUAUUGUCAUUUUCUGUUACAGUAUUGAUCCAUAUGAGAAUUUGAUACCUUUAUAUAAAAAUAAUGGCUGCAUCUGUACGUUGGUAUUAAUUUGAAAUGAUGUCAUGCAGUACUGUAUUACUUUUAUGUGCAUUACCAUUAGUGGCAAAUCGGUCUCAACUUAAUAUCAUAUGCAUGUACUCCAUCCAAGGGACCUUUACACAGAUCUGAAAACAAGGAUAUAUUCAUUGAAAUGUUGAGGGGGGAAAAAAACAAACAAACGUAAACUCACAGAAGUUUAAAAAGAAUAACUUUAGGCUUUAAUGUAUUACUUUCAAACUAAUCCAAAAAUGUGUUUUGUUUUGUUUUGUCUAGAAAGACUGUCUGUGUAAAGGUAGUCAUAUUGGCUAUAGCAAUAAAUGUGACUAAAAAGUA